CGCUGCUGGAGUAUGUCAGUUUAGCACAGAUUUGUCAUUCGCGAGGUGUGGUGUGGAUUUUUUCUUCAGGGAGUGAAACUUUAGAGCCCCCAAAGGGUCCACUCAUUCAGUGAAAAUGACCGGAAGACUGCCAGCGUGCGUUAUUGAUGUGGGCACUGGGUACACGAAAUUGGGCUUCGCCGCCAACAAGGAGCCCCAGUUCAUCAUCCCCUCGGCUAUUGCCAUCAAGGAGAGUGCUCGCGUGGGCGACCAGAAUGCGCGGCGUGUGACAAAGGGCGUCGAAGACCUGGACUUCUUCAUCGGGGACGAGGCCUUCAAUGCCACGGGCUACGCCGUGAAGUAUCCGGUGCGACAUGGCCUGGUGGAGGACUGGGAUCUCAUGGAGCGCUUCCUGGAGCAGUGUGUGUUUAAGUAUUUGCGCGCCGAGCCGGAGGAUCAUCACUUCCUGCUGACAGAGCCGCCGCUCAACACGCCGGAGAAUCGGGAAUACACGGCCGAGAUCAUGUUUGAGACCUUCAACGUGCCCGGGCUGUACAUUGCCGUGCAGGCUGUGCUGGCCCUGGCCGCCAGCUGGGCGUCGCGUCCCGUGGAGGAGCGCACGCUCACGGGCAUCGUGGUGGACAGCGGCGACGGCGUGACGCACGUGAUUCCCGUGGCGGAGGGCUAUGUGAUUGGCUCCUGCAUCAAGCACAUCCCCAUCGCGGGCCGCAACAUCACCUCCUUCAUCCAGAGCCUCCUGCGGGAGCGCGAGGUGGGCAUCCCGCCGGAGCAGAGCCUGGAGACGGCCAAGGCGAUCAAGGAGAAGUUCUGCUACAUUUGUCCGGACAUCGCCAAGGAGUUCGCCAAGUACGACACGGAGCCCAGCAAGUGGAUCCGCCACUACGAAGGCAUCAAUGCCGUGACGAAGGCCCCAUUCGGCGUCGAUGUGGGCUAUGAGCGCUUCCUUGGGCCUGAGAUUUUCUUCCACCCGGAAUUCUCCAAUCCCGACUUCACCACGCCUCUGUCCGAAAUCGUGGACAAUGUGAUCCAGAACUGCCCCAUCGACGUGAGGCGUCCGCUGUACAACAACAUCGUCCUCAGCGGCGGAUCCACGAUGUUCAGGGACUUCGGCAGGCGCCUUCAGCGCGACAUCAAGCGAUCCGUGGAUCAGCGACUGAGGAUCAGCGAGAAUUUGAGCGAGGGAAGAAUCAAGCCCAAGCCGAUCGAUGUGUCCGUCAUUUCGCACCACAUGCAGAGAUACGCGGUGUGGUUCGGCGGAAGCAUGUUCGCGGCGAUGCCGGAGUUCUACCAGGCCUGCCACACGAAGGCCUCUUAUGAGGAGUACGGGCCCAGCAUCUGUCGCCACAAUCCUGUCUUCGGCACGAUGACCUAAGCUGGGCGCGGAGAAUCCUCACACAUUCCGGGCGCAAUAAGAAACAACGCUGGAGCUGCAUUUUUUCAACAUUUCAUCUCUCUCUCUCUCAAGAGAGAGGAUUUCCCAGUUUGUAAUCCCCAAAAAUAUAAAAAAAAACAGUGAGGUUUUCUUUGCCGCACCACAAAGUCUGCGACUGUGGAGGACAAAAUAUAGAGCGAGAGAAGCGCGAAGUGAAAAGAAAUAGACGUGUAUUUGGAGUUUUAAAA